UUGCUUUUGCCCUGGCGCAGCAGGCGCAACUCUUAACGAAGCAGAGGCCUUCUCAGGACUCUGGGGGUGCGGGCACCCACUCUCUAGGUGGCUGCAGCCUCCGGCAGGGCACGCCCUCGGCGCUAUUGCCGCGCCCCUCUCGAGUCCGCCCCUCCCGCCUCAGGGAGCGCGUCCCCACUGCUGGAGAGUCCUGCCUUCCUCAGCUCCCCAGGCGGGAGACGAUGGAAAGGCUAAACUGGGUCUCGGGCCAUCGGGUUGCUGGCCCCAGCUGCCCACGGUAUCCGAGACCGUGAGGCGGCGACACUGGCCGAGCCUCAGAAACCGAGAUUCUGGCUGAUCGGGACUCUGAGGCCGCAUCCUCCGGCCGCUGAGCGCCCCAGCAUCAUGCAAGUGGGCACUGGCAGCCGACUGCCCAGGAAAGCCCGGGUGCAACCCUAGCCUGCAGAUCCAGACCUCAGGCUCUGGGGGGCUGAAGUUACCUUACGCCAGGGGUGUUGCCUCAAGUGCAAAGCCUGGGCUGUCCUGGAGCCUAGGACUCUCUUGGCUAGGGAACCUUCGGGAAGCUCUGCGUUGGAGGCCGUGUGGACCACCACCUCAGAGCCACUCAAGACCUGCGGAGGACUGAGGACCAAGAGCUGGAGCAGUCUCCAGAGGAUAGAACUGACUGAUGCUCCAGUGUAGUUAGUGAGUUUGCACAUCUAAAUCAUGGAGGCCAAUCAGGAAGCUUCCCUCUUUUUGGUGAAGAUCUUAGAAGAAUUGGACAGUAAACAAAAUACCGUUUCCUAUCAAGACCUAUGCAAGUCGCUAUGUGCCCAGUUCGAUCUGUCUCAGCUUGCCAAACUGAGAAGCGUGCUUUUCUACACAGCAUGCCUCGAUCCCAACUUUCCAGCCACUUUAUUCAAAGACAAGAUGAAGUGCUCUGUAAAUAAUCAGCAGUCAAAGAAAAUCAUGGUGGCGGCAGAUAUCGUGACCAUCUUCAACCUGAUCCAGAUGAAUGGGGGCACUGCCAAGGAGAAGCUACCCACAAGUUGUCACAAGGUGCGCAAGAAGGAGGCAUCCUUUGAGUCUUGCCGGUCACCGGACACCGAGGUGUGCAGCCCGACAGUUUGUGAGCCUCUAAACUGUGAGCUGAGUGAGAGGCCCUUCAGCCGAGGCUACCCCACAAGGCAGUCAUCCAAAUGCCGGAAGAUGGACUGUAAGGAAUGCCCACAGUUUGUCCCUGCCUCUGAGCCCAACUUCCUGUUGGGUGUUAGCAAAGAGGUGAAAAAUCGGGCAGCCUCUCUGGACAGGCUGCAAGCCCUAUCCCCCUAUUCUGUGGCCAGCCCUCAGCCCUGUGAGAUGCAGAGGACCUAUUUCCCCAUGAAUAUUGAGAACGAGUCCAUUUCAGAUCAGGACUCUCUGGCCAUCAGCCAAGGCAUCAAAGAGACCUUCAUCUCCAGUGAGGAACCGUUUGUGCUUCAGUCCUGCGUUCAGAAAAGGAACAUCUUCAAAGAAGACUUCCACAAUCUCAUGGCUGUGUCCCCCAGUUUGGUUGGUACAACUAACAAAGCAGAAGAGCCCCGGAGUCAGAAGGAGCACCACAAGCCACCCUUCUUCAACCACAGCUUUGAGAUGCCUUACCACAACCAGUACCUGAAUCCCGUGUAUUCCCCCAUCCCUGACAAAAGGCGGGCAAAGCAUGAAAGUUUAGAUGACCUGCAAGCGUCUACCUAUUUUGGACCCACUCCAGUGAUGGGAACACAAGAUACCAGGCGCUGUCCAGGGAGGUCCAGUAAACAGACUCCGUGGCCGGUCAAAAGUUGGAGCCUAAACACAGAGGAAGUGCCUGACUUUGAACGUUCCUUUUUCAAUCGAAAUCCCUCCGAAGAGAAGCUGUGUUAUCCAAAUUCUGGCAGCCAGACUCCCAAUUUCUCAGGCCCAGACAGGCAUCCAGUUUACCUGGUGUCAAAGGAUCAACAGAAGGUUCUCCCUGCUGGCUACGCAGUGAAACCAAAUGGACUCAAAUCUAAAGAGAUGUCGUCCCCUGUUGACCUGGAGAAGCACGAAGCGGUCAAGAAGUUUAAAGACAAAAGCAUCAGCUGCACCAGUGGGCAGCACAGCUCAGACACCAGCAGUGUGGGAACCCAGACAGAGCAGCAUGUGCUGGACCCCCCAAAAUGCAAAGACUUGUGUACUUCGGGUCAGGCCAAGUACAGUGACAGGCAUGCCAUGAAGCACUCGGAUGAUGACUCAGAAAUCGUCAGCGACGACAUCAGUGACAUUUUCCGGUUUCUCGAUGACAUGAGUGUCAGCGGCUCCACAGGAGUGAUACAGUCAUCUUGCUACAACAGCACCGGCUCCUUGUCUCAGCUUCCUAAGUCAGACUGUGAGAGUUCGCCAGAGCAUCACCUCGCCAAAAUCGCCAACGGGGUCUCCAGCAGCAAGGGAGACAAGUGUAACCGGCCUGAAAACGUCCACCACUCCGAGGAAGAGUUGAAGAGCAGCGUGUGCAAACUGGUUCUCAGGAUUGGUGAGAUCGAGCGGAAGCUGGAAUCCUUGACAGGGGUCCGAGAGGAAAUCUCCCAGGUCCUUGGAAAACUCAAUAAACUGGAUGAGAAAAUCCAGCAGCCGGAGAAGGUGAAUGUGCAGAUUGACCUGAACUCCUUGACGAGCGAGGCACCUUCUGAGGACAGCACCUCUCCGAGGGUCUUCCGUGCACACAGUGCCUCCCGCGGACCGAAGCUGGAGAACAGUCCCGACUGGUGCUGCUCCGAUGCCAGCGGAAGCAACAGUGAAAGCCUGCGUGUCAAGGCCUUAAAGAAAAGCCUCUUUGCCAGGCCCUCUUCCAGGUCCCUGACGGAGGAGAACAGUGCCACAGAAUCUAAAAUUGCCAGCAUCUCGAACUCUCCCAGAGACUGGCGAACCAUCACAUACACCAACCGGAUGAGCCUCAACGAGGAGGAGACAAAAGAUGCAGGCCCUGCCAAUAACAAAGACUGGCAUCGGAAAUCCAAGGAGGCAGACAGGCAGUAUGACAUCCCCCCACAGCACCGACUGCCCAAGCAGCCCAAAGAUGGCUUCCUGGUGGAGCAGGUGUUCAGCCCUCAUCCUUACCCCACCUCCCUCAAAGCCCACAUGAAGAGCAACCCCCUGUACACCGACAUGCGGCUGACCGAGCUAGCCGAGGUGAAGCGGGGCCAGCCUUCUUGGACCAUAGAGGAAUAUGCUCGGAACUCUGGUGACAAAGGCAAGCUGACAGCUCUGGACCUGCAGACCCAGGAAUCUUUAAACCCAAACAACUUAGAGUACUGGAUGGAAGAUAUUUAUACUCCAGGCUAUGAUUCAUUACUAAAACGGAAAGAGGCUGAAUUUAGACGAGCCAAGGUUUGCAAGAUCGCUGCUCUUAUCACUGCUGCUGCAUGCACGGUCAUUCUUGUCAUUGUUGUGCCGAUCUGCACGAUGAAGUCCUGAACCUGCGGACUCAGCUUUAUACGCAGCUCCCAACUCCCAGUGUCUUUCUCCGUAAUUUCCAAAGCUGGUCCCACUGUGGCUACAGUCUGCUGGAAUAGAGACAAAAAUCCUGGAUGUUUUUCUACAGCACUGAAGGUCAUUUUCAGAGAGCAUAUACUCCGGAAAGAUAUCUGCCUAGCUGUUAAGCUGUUAAGCUUAGACAUAGCUACAUUCUGAAUAUAUUUCCAAAAGUACAAUAUCAUUUUCCACAAAAGGAAUGCCAUGGAUUGUCAGUAAAUAAAAAAAAUAGAUUCUUUCAUUUGGAUGAUGAGUCAUGGUGGGCAUUAAAUUAUACAGAACAGAUCCAAUACCUGCUCUUUGAAGGAGCUGACUGACAUGGAUACAAUGAUUAAAAAGACAAAAAAAAAAAAAAGGCUAAGGGAUGGGAUCUGUUUCCUUAACACUCUAAGUUUGUUGCUGGUGAUGUGACUGGAUGUGUGUCCACAAGAAUGUGGCUUCUCUUUGGACUUUUGUCAAGGGCUAUUGACUUCCAUCAUGCCCUUCUGUCAUUGUCUGUAGAUCUGAAUUGCUGCAGCUCUUGAUAGCAGCUUUCUGAAUCUUCUUCUUUGGCCCAGGUAAGAAGGAGCUGUACUUCCAAGCCAAGCAUGACACACAGCAUCCUUUUUGUAGAACGGGCGGAGAUACUCAGGAUAGGCAACCUUUCAGUUGUCCCCAAAAUGAUGUGGGAAAGCUUGCUGGUUGGGGUAUGCUCAACAUCUGAAGGUCACAGCCGCCCUAAAGGAUCUCUGGUUCUAGUUCUGGCAUGUGGCUUUGUUUCUUAAAUUUUUUAACUCUUGGUGGUCCCUGAUGCUCUAUUCUGAAGAAUUUGGAACUUGUCCUUGUGCCUUGAAGAGCAGAGAUAAUAGUGACACUUAAAUAUUCUAACUAUAAACCAUGUUUUCGGCCCACCACUGGUACCAACCAUUUAUGUGACUUUUAAAGAAGGAUUUUGAAUGUUAUUCAAUAACGUGAUAAAGGUACCAAGGUCUCCUCAACUACAACAGCAUUUACUCCAGAGUUUUAAAUAUUUGUCAGCAGUGCAAAAAAAGUAUCUAUUUAAUCAUUCAUCUAUCUAUAUGUCUAAAUACCUGAGUUUCAUAUUUUUGUCUUCACUAAGUAAAUAUGGAGAGCAAGAUUUUUCCAAGUGUAAAAGAAGCUGUUGUAAUUUUAUUAGAGUUUGAUCUCUGUUCCCACUUGAUUGGUGCUUUGACCAUAAUUGGGCAGAAAGACUCCUUAUCAACAUCUGUGUCUAAUGUCUUACAACAGAUUAAAUAAAUAAUGGUUGUCAGAAGCUAGCAACCUUUGAUCUAUUUAAUAAUGAACUGAAGUGUACACACAUUUUGGUAGUAAGAAUAAUCACUUUGGGAAGUUUGCACACUUUAUGCAAGUGGAAUCUGAGAAGCCUUUAAUUUCUAAAGCAAUAGGAGUCCAGCAUCCAUCCUAAAUAUUUCCAAAUAAUGCUGAGCUUGCUGCACCAGAUCCUGUUGUCACUAGUGAAGAAUGGUCAGUGCAUUUCCUAAUGCUAACAGAUGAUGGAUGGAUUCUCCCACCUCUAGGGGGGCCUUUGUUCUUAGAGGUCUUCCUGGUAUCUAUUUCUAUUGAUAUGUUUACUAAUGGUCUUCAAUUAGGUGACUAAAACUUAAGCCUUAGAAUGGAGGACUUGUCAUUGAAAAAGAAUGCAUACAUAUACACAUAUACAUGCAUGUAUUCAAACAUACAUAUACAUACAUACAUACAUACAUACAUACAUGCCUGUUGUCAGGAGUUUAGUCUUUUGUUGCUCUAUUUUUAGAUCGGGCACAUCAAAUAAGGUUGUUUAUUCACUCCAUAAAGGAUAUUAGGUUACAUCCACUUGUAAGCAAUGACUCUGUACCACACUAUGGUGUAACCAUUCUGCCCCACACCACAGAUUAAGCUAUCAAAGUAUCAGAGAGAGCACUUUUCAACUUUUUGCUCUGUGAUUUGCUCAACAGCUGAGAUGUACUCUUCUAGGAUAAUAAAGGAUCUUGUCAAAUCCCAACCUGACUCCUCCUUUUGACAGGUGGGGUUAUGGAGGCCAGAUGGCUCUCCUGUGAUGAAAGUGCUGACAUAAUGAAGCCAUUCACAGUCCACUCAUUGUCACUGCCCUAGGGCAAAUCUCUUCUAAUGGGCCCUAUGUGGGUCAUAUGACUAUAAGCCUAAUUCAAGAAUAGAAGUGAAUGAAUUCUGUAGAAUUUUCUAAUACCCUUUGCAUUUCUUGGGGAGAGAGUCAAAGAAAUCCAAUCUUGCUCUAAGUCCAACUCAGUGUUGUCCUAUAUUGAAAACAGGACCCAGACAAUAAAAGUGAAAGUAAGGAUGAAGGUUUUCUCUGGAAAGGGGCCAUCCUCAGGUAGGCGGAACCAAGUCUGGCACUGAUGAACGACACCUUUGCCAUGUUUAUGAGCUCAUGGAUGCCUGAAAUCUCAGAAUCCAUAAAAGAUUAUGUUUAUAAUUAGAUUUUUUUCCUUUUAACCCCAACUUGAUUUUCUUAUAUCCUAGACUCUCCCUAGUUCCCCUAACCCCUCAAUAUUCAUAAUGAAGCAAGACAAAGUUCACUUGACAGAAAAGUAUACAUCUCUCAGUAUAAUAUGUUUCCCUCAUCUCCUGUUGCAAUGCAACAGCCCUAAGGCAAAGAUGACUGCCUCUGUCUUUAUAAAAUGUACAUGUUACAUACCCAAAACGAAAGUCACUGCAUGCAACAAAUUUACUCCAUUUUUGUUGGCUUGCUUUCCUUCCUUCCUUCCUUCCUUCCUUCCUUCCUUCCUUCCUUCCUUCCUUCCUUCCUUCCUUCCUCCUUCCCUUUCUCCCUCCUUGUCAUCCCUCUAUUCUGUCCCCCCUUUCUUUCUUCUCUCUUUUCUUUCUUUCUUUCUUUCUUUCUUUCUUUCUUUCUUUCUUUCUUUCUU